AUGCUGCUGGAACCCUGGGAGGUCUUUGCCAUAUGUGGGAGCUGCAGCGUUUUGGGCAACUGGAGUCCGCAGGCUGCCGUGGUCCUCCAGAGCGACGAUCGUCAGCUAUGGAAAACUACAGUAGAGCUUCCCAGAGGAGUUCCUGUUUGCUAUCGCUAUUUUAAAGGCUACUUCCUAGAACCUAAGACUAUCGAUGGUCCCUGCGAAGUCAUAGUUCACAUGUGGGAGACUCAUCUACAACCACGAUCAAUUACCCCUUUAGAAAAUGAAAUCACAAUCGACGAUGGAUACUUUGGAAUCCGUAAUGGUAUUGAAACAGUGGAUGCCGGGUGGCUGACGUGUCAGACGGAGAUCAGGCUGCGGCUGCAUUACUCGGAGAAACCUCCCGUAGUCAUCUCCAAGAAGAAGUUUAAAACAUCAAGGUUUAGAGUAAAACUGACUCUGGAAGGCUUGGAGGAAGAUGAGGAUGACGAAGAGGGCCAAGAGAAAACAUCCCCUACAGUCCCUCAGAAAAUGGCCAACACUGUGGAGUUCUCCUUGAUCAGCAACAACGAAUACAAGUGCCGGCACUCGCAGCCCGACUGCGGCUACGCCCUGCAGCCGGACCGAUGGCUCGAGUACACCAUCCAGACCAUGGAGCCUGACAACCUGGAGCUGAUCUUUGAUUUCUUUGAGGAAGAUUUAAGUGAGAAGGUAGUGCAAGGGGACGUGCUCCCGGGUCACGUCGGCUCUGCCUGCCUCCUGUCCUCCACAAUUGCAGAGCUGGGCAAGAGUGCUGGGAUUCUUACCCUUGCUAUCAUGAGCAGAAAUCCAAGGAAGACAAUUGGAAAAGUCAGAGUGGACUACAUCAUCAUCAAGCCCAUCCAAGGCUACACUUGUGACAUGAAGGCUUCCUAUGCUAAAUACUGGAAACCAAGAACAACUCUGGAUGUUGGACACAGAGGAGCAGGGAAUUCUACCACAACAGCUAAGCUGGCUAAAGUUCAGGAGAACACUAUUGCCUCUCUGAGGAACGCUGCCAGUCACGGGGCAGCAUACGUGGAAUUCGAUGUUCAUCUCUCCAAGGAUCACGUGCCUAUUGUGUACCACGACCUCACCUGCUGCAUGGCCAUGAAGAAGAAACUGGACACAGAACCUUUGGAACUGUUUGAGAUUGCAGUCAAAGAACUCACAUUUGAUCAGCUGCAGCUGCUGAAGCUGGCUCAUGUGACUGCCCUGAAAGUGAAGGAUCACAAUGCAUCUUUCAAAGAGGAAGAAAACUCUGCUUUUGAGACCCAGCCAUUUCCUUCUCUGCAAAGGGUGCUGGAGUCUGUUUCUGAGGACGUUGGGUUCAACAUAGAGAUCAAGUGGAUCUGCCAACAAAGGGAUGGACAGUGGGAUGGCAACCUGUCAACUUACUUUGACAUGAACCUCUUCCUGGAUAUCAUCCUCAAAACUGUCUUGAUGAAUGCUGGGAGAAGAAGAAUUGUGUUCUCCUCUUUUAAUGCAGACAUCUGCACAAUGAUCCGGCACAAGCAGAACAAGUACCCUGUGCUGUUCCUCACCCAAGGGGAGUCCAAGCUCUACCCAGAGCUGAUGGAUCUUCGCUCUCGGACCACCCCCAUUGCCAUCACCUUUGCUCAGUUUGAGAACCUGCUGGGGAUCAAUGUGCACUCUGAAGACCUGCUGAGGAAUCCAUCCUUCAUCAAAAGGGCCAAAUCUAAAGGCCUGGUGAUUUUCUCCUGGGGAGAUGAUGCCAAUGACCCAGACAACAGGAAGAAGCUGAGAGAGUAUGGUGUUCAUGGGCUAAUAUAUGACAGGAUAUAUGACUCAAAUCCUGAGCAACCAAAUAUAUUCCAGGUGGAGCAGCUGGAACGCCUCAAGAACGAACUGCCAGAGCUGAAAAGCUGUGUGUGCCCCACAGUUAGCCACUUCAAAUCCAUAUCUCCAUGUAAAUGUCAUCACAGCUGCCUGGAGGAGAAAGCUGUGGACAACUUGAAGAGUGUUCAGAUGCAGGAGGACUGAUUCUAGGCAGAGUGCUGGGCUGUAGCACCGCUGGAACAGGUUGGUUGGUUGGAAGUCCCCACAUAGCAAUAACUCCGUUCCUGCUUCCUGACAGUACCUCUGGAACUCUCCACCAGUGGUCAAACACUCAGACCCUUCGAGUUGCUGUUGCAGUUGACACACACUCAGUUGUACCUCUUCCCUAUCCUCCAGUCUCAAAUCCUGACCAAGAGGAAUGUGAAGUGUGAACACCAAGAGGUGUUUUGGGCU